AUGGCCGGUCGAGCUGUCUGGUCGUACGCGGCUGGGGGAUACGACCCUCAAGAAGUUCGUGCAAAUUAUUACGCGUUCUGGUUGGGAGCAGAGGCACAAAGUGGCACGACACGUGAGAAAACGAUCGAGUCUCUUAAACGACGAGGCAUUGGAGAGGAAGCUGCGUUCAUCGGUGCCAAUGACCUUGCGAACUCCAUAAUUAAUUACGCAAGUGGGAAACUGAAGGAGGACGUUAUACGUCCACCUCUGUCAAAUGCAAUACCUUCAACAGCCCAGUACAGAUCAUCGAAGGCAGAAGAAGAAGAAGAAGAAGAAGAUGAUGAUGAUGAUGAUACUGUAAUGCACAUCGCGAUGAUCUCGUCCUGGACAAAGAAGAGAACGCUCUCUGGCGCCUCAGCCAAUCCUGACAACCCUCGAGUCCUCUCGAGAUAUGAUGAAAGCGGGCACAAGGCGCCAUGCUUGGUACUUUCGAUGGAUAAUCCUUUGUAUGAGAUCGCCUCAAGGCUGGAGGGAGGUUGA